AUGAGCAACAAGCUUUCACCAGCGGAGCUCAAGGCCCGCAAAAGAUCUGACUAUCGUUUCUUCCUGGAGUAUCGCACGCGAUGGAACGAUAACGACAUGUAUGACCACAUGAACAACUCAGUUUACAAUUUUUUAUUCGACUCCAUCAUUAACGCAUACCUCAUCGAGAAUUGCGGUCUCCAUCCUCCAACAGCACCUCAGUUUGGUAUGUGUGUACACACCCACACCGACUUCUUUUCGUCUAUCGCGUACCCUGCCGUUGCCGAGCUUGCCCUGCGCGUGAACAAGCUUGGACGAUCCAGCGUCACCUACGAGACCGCACUCUUUGAGAAGGGGGUGGAUGAGGUGAAAGCUGUAGGGGAAUUUGUACAGGUCUAUGUCGAUCGUGAAACGAACCGGCCACUCAAAGACGGUAUGGCGCAAACGCUCCGCCAGGAACUUGAGAAGUUGGUUGUUGAUGUCAAAACUGAGGAUCAAGCAAAAUCAAAGCUGUAA